CUUAUUAUUAUUAUUACAUGACAAUUUAUGAGCGCAUCAAAGUUCUAAUAACCAAGUAGUACAGCCUCAUAAAUGCACGCCUUGGAGAUUUGAUGUUUCUUAUGCUGAAAUGUAGCCUUAACAUCCUAUCAAAGAUGUAAGCCUACUUCUGUAAAACUCAGAUGAAUCAAAUGUGUAGCUAAAUCAUCCUUAUCGGUUGGUUAUUCUGGUAAAUGCAUAUGGAGACGAAAUAACUAGGCAAUAAACAUAGGCUUUUAAUCCAAUUUAUGCGGAGGAAAAUAAACCUUGUUAAUUUUUUGCAUUGGUGCUAUGAACCUAAAUAGCCUAUGCCAGUAUUACAGUCACAUUUUCUAUGUUCGUCCAUUUUACUUGUAAGCGUCCAGCUGAGCAGCCUAGUCACUGCCUUGUUACCGUACACCCAGUCUCGGGAGGUUUGGAUUUGCGUGAGUGGGGCUGGAUCUCGCUCAGUGCGGUGAAUAAGCUCGCAGAGCGGCUGUGCGGAAGUUCUUUCAUCCGUGCUGCAGAAGGGGCUUGCUUCGCCCUCGCGAUUAUUCUCGUCACAAGUUUAUGGUUCGAUAAAAGCGGUUCAGGUGGAACUUCUGGACAUUGCACCCCAACUUGAGUUUUACUACAUCCACAGUCUGCCCCAUUUAUUGUCGGGUGAUGGCGAGGCCAAGCCACAGCGAGCAUGUCCUGCAGCAGCUCAACAACCAACGGGAGUGGGGCUUCCUGUGCGACUGCUGCAUCGCCAUUGGCGACAUCUACUUCCGGGCCCACAAGGCCGUGCUGGCUGCGUGCAGCUCCUACUUCCGCAUGAUGUUCAUCCGGGACCAGCAGGGGACAGCUCGCAUGGACCUCAGCAACAUGCAGAUCAGCGCAGAGUGCUUCGACCUCAUCCUGCAGCUCAUGUACCUGGGCUGCAUAGUGGUGGGCAGCUACGAGUUCGAGGAGCUCAAGGUCUCAAUGGCCUACCUGCAGAUGUACUAUAUCCCAGACACCCUGGAGGACCUCCGGGACAUCAGGAGCGCCUCCAACCUUACGCCGUCCUCCUCUGCCUCCUCCUCUUCCUCCACCACCUCGUCCGGCUCCUCUUCCUCCGUUGGCCCGGCAAUUACAGGAAAAAUGAUGUUUGGAGUCCGCAUGUACGAUCAGCAGAAGCCAAGCGCCCCAGAGGGUGAGCCCAAAAGUUUGCCCAAAGUUGCCAUCACUGCUGUGCCUGUGCGACCAAGCAUUCCUGUCCCAGUCAACAGGCCUCCACUUGUGGUGGAGGAUGUGGCGUCCCCUUUGGUAGUAGUUGCACCACCGUUUCUAGACAGUGUGGCUGAGCAGCCUUGUGACCUGCGCAAGAGGCCUGGCGGCCGGAGUGCCACCCUGAAAGAGCGCCCCCGCUUCGGGCGCACAUACACCUGUGACGACUGUGGCUUUGUCUUUAGCUGCGAGAAGCUGCUGAUAGAGCACAUCCUCACCUGCACCAACCGUAAGGCCUUUCAGGUCCCCAGGACCAGCGCAGAGGCAGACAACGACUCCAGCAAGGCGGAGAGCUCGGCCUCUGAGGGGAUGGAGGAGCACAGGGUGGUCUGCAAGGGCGAAGAGGAUUGGCCGGACCACAAGUCAGACGCCGACACAGUGAUCAGGUCCGUGACAAUUGGUACGGAUAACGAGCCUGGUUCUGCCAGGAAUAUCACCAUCAAGAUGGAGCUGGAAGAAAACGUGGUGUCCGAGAUGGAUGGCAUUAAGGUGGUCCAGGUGGGAGAGAUCAGUGCGAGGCACAGUACACUCAGCGACACUAUGAGGGAACCGAUUAAAUUUAACCGGGAGGCCGAGGCUGAUGUUUCAGUCAUGGACGACAGCAACGAGCCAUUCGAGGGGCACAUGUCCAGCAACAACGAUUCUGUCAUACCUGUUAAGAUGCGCAAGGUUAAAGUGGAGAAGCAGGACGGGGACAGUUUGCCAUGUGAGCUCUGUGGAGAACUGCUCACGAAGGAGGACCAGUCGGCUCACUACAUCUCCAGCCACAUGGGCCACAUCUGCGCCUGCGGGAGGUGUGGCCAGGUCCUAAUCAAGGGGCGGCAACUGCAGGAGCACGCUGAGCGUUGUGGUGAACCUCAGGGUGCGGACACCGACUCCCAUGGGGAGGAGGGUGACUCACCCCUGCCCGAGGACCCGCAGGCCAUGGACGAUGGGCUGCUGGACGGGGGCGACCUGGCCUGCCCCCAGUGUGGCCUACUUUUCCAGAGCGAGAGCCUGGCAUUGGAGCAUGCUCUGGCCUGCCACGAGCAGGAGCUGUUCCGCCCCGCCCAGCUGGAGGAUGGCGGCGUCGAGCCGGACCACCGGCGCAAGCACUUCUGCGCCAUCUGUGGCAAGGGCUUCUACCAGCGCUGCCACCUGCGGGAGCACUACACUGUCCACACCAAGGAGAAGCAGUUCACCUGCCAGACGUGCGGCAAGCAGUUCCUGCGUGAGCGGCAGCUCCGGCUGCACACCGACAUGCACAAGGGCAUGGCACGCUACGUCUGCCCCGUGUGUGACCAGGGCACCUUCCUCAAACAUGACCAUGUGCGCCACAUGAUCUCGCACCUGUCCGCCGGCGAGACCAUCUGCCAGGUGUGCUUCCAGAUCUUCCCCAGCGGAGAGCACCUGGAGAAGCACAUGGACGUGCACCUGUAUAUCUGCGGCGUCUGCGGGGAGAAGUUUCGCCUUCGCAAGGACAUGCGAAGCCACUACAACUCCAAGCACACCAAAAGACUUUGUCCUGCCUGAAUUUAUGCGUCUGUUACCUAAAAGCCAUAAAUGUGAGAACAAAUGUAUGCACUUAAACACCAAAAAAAGAAAACCUAUCAAAUCUACACUUUCAAAUUGUAUGAAUAAUCGAAGUGUGUUAUUGCCUCAAAUUUUUGUCAUUUGUCAUUCAGAUUCACACCCCUGUACUAAACACACAUUAAUGCCAUUUGAUGACGUUGCCACAGUAGACAAAUCCUUGGCACAUUUGAAGGCUUUUGGAAUCUAGUGUUUCUCAGCAAACAGCCUAUGCAAUACACAGUUAAUGGAAUGAAGUGGAUUCAACUUAAGUUCAUUGCAAAGAGGUGUUUUGAUUGUAAUAUAAAUCCACAUUUCAAUAUAGUAUUUGUGAACAGUUACUGUACAUAGCACUUAUGCAUUGACAAUUUAAGAAUGGCCUUGCCAUUGCUUUUGCUUUUCAGGGGUGCAUGAGUGGCAUUGCAUUCCUAAACAUUGUCUGCCAGUCGAUGCCACUGUGCAAUGCUCACGUCUUUGUCAUUUCAAUGUAACGCAUUAGGGGACAUGGACAAGCAUAACUGAAUAUCUCAACAAAUCGACUGAUCUGGCACCUUGUAUUUUCAAAAUGAUACUACGAAAUGAAAAGAGAGGCACGGUUUGUUUAGCCCAAUCAUAACAUAGGCUACAUCACAGGCUCUGAAAUUCCUGUCUUUAAAGGCCCAGUGCAGUCAACAACGUGAUUUUCCUGUGUUUUAAUCUAUUUACACACUAUGAGGUUGGAA